AUGCUAGAUAUCAACCUCAAAAGCAUAGUCACAGGCACAAGAGACAGGCCAUCAUCGGCAUACUCAGCCCUUCCGUCCGACGAGAACCUGCAGAGCAAACAGCCCACUUCACCAGUUGUCAUUGCCCACAGCCACCGUCGAUACAUAUUGUAUGGUGUUGGCGUGAUUCUGACAGGAGCAGCAGCAGUCCUUCUUGUCUUCAUAUUCACUUUCAAGUCGGAACCAACGCAGCGAAUUGCCCAUUGUGGCUCCUCUGCUAGCGAUGCUCGAAGACUGGGCUGCCGUUUCGACAUCAUGAGCUUUUCUUGGCUUCCUCCUAAUUGUUUUGACGAAGAACUUUCCCACGAUUUUGACACAAUUCAGCCUUGGCAAUGGUUCGCCGAUGCGGCGGGGACCCAGGAAAUUCCCAAAAGCGAGGUGCUUAUGGGUGAAGCAAAAUCAUUGUUCGUCUCGUUCCAGUAUCAUCGAACACACUGUGUGUUCAUGUGGAGAAAGCUUCACCGGGCGUUGGGGGCCAAGGGGAUGGUGGAUAGCUAUAUCGGCGGCUACAAUCAUACAGUUCAUUGCAUUCCCAAGGUGUGA